AUGAAAAUCAUUGCUGCAUUUCUGAUUUGCGUGCUGUACUGUGUCCUCGGUAUCGGUUCAGGAGAAACAUGUUUUCGAUCGGAAAUUCUGAGGAAACGACUUGAAUACAAGAAUGGUGGAGAGGUCCACACGCUGUUCGUAAACGCGAUCAAGGACUUUGCUUCGUAUCUCCGUGUUGAGAUAGACAGCAAUAUUAUUCCGAGACCAGACAAUGACAGGGUGACGCAGCUUCACACAACCAUUGCGUACUUCGCUUUCAUUGCCGAAGCCGAACAACUGUAUUCCCUUCAUGGACAAGUGGAAUUCUACGACGACAAAGGCACUCAUUGGAAGACCAUAUCUGCUAAGAUCUCCGUUGGGGAAAAAGCCAUCUCUCAAAUAUCCAUUGAUGACGAUGCAGCAAUUUGGGGUGAAUGCAAGCAAAGUGCUUACCUGAACUCACUCAUCUUUCCUCCACGAUAG